AUGUGUUUCAAAAGAUCCGCACUCUCAGUUGUGAUUUUCUCGGAGAAUUUUGCGGAUUCAAGCAGGUGCUUGGAUGAAGUGGCCACCAUUUCUCGAAGCAUGGAAGAGUUCGGACACCUAGUGCUCCCCGUUUUCUACAAAGUUGAUCCAUCGGAUGUAUCCGAGGAUUCUGGAAGUUACGCUAAUACCAUAGAGCAGAAAUAUGGAACUAGACGUCUACAAAUAUGGAAAGAUAGAAAGAGAUGGAUCGAUGCUUUGAAGGCUGUCGCUAAUUGUGUUGGCUAUACUUUACAGGAAAUCAAGAUUGAUUCCGAUCUAGUAGAGGAAAUAGUUAAUGUUGUUCUGAAAAGACUCGCAGAGAUUUCGCCAAGAGUGAAGUCUGAUCACUUGGUUGGUAUGGAUGUUCGAGCUUCAGAGGUUGAACAACUAUUAGCCAUGAAUGUAUAUGAUUUUCGCAUUAUUGGUCUUUGGGGCAUGGGUGGUAUAGGAAAGACCACUCUUGCUACAACUUGCUACCACUCAUUUGUAUCCUCUGAAAAAGAAAUGAAGUAUCACUUUGUCCCGAAUAUAAAUGAGAAGCUUGAAAAUCAAUAUGGAAUCGAAGGAAUGGUACAUGAACUCUAUUCGAUAUUAUUGUCAGCGGAUAACUUAGACAGCCACAACAUGGGUAUUGGUUAUAGAAGGGAGCGUCUUUCUCGUCUUAGGGUGUUCCUUGUUCUUGAUAAUGUGGAAAAAAUACCGCAAUUGGAACAACUGUUGUUGGGAGAUAAGCAGGCUGCAAAUCUCUUUGGCCCUGGAAGCAGAAUUAUUGUGACAACUAGAAACCGAAGAGUACUUGAGAAUGCAGGGGCUAAUAUAUAUGAGGUGAAGCAUUUGCAUUCUCAUGAAUCGCUCCAACUGUUUGGGAUACAUGCAUUUAAAAACUGUCUUCCGUCUGAUGAUUAUUUGGAUCUAUCGGGUGUCGCCGUAUCACACUGCAAGGGAAGCCCUUUAGCUAUAAAGGUCUUGGGAUGUGCAUUGCUUAAUAAGCAACGAAGUUACUGGGAGAGCUUCUUAUAUGAAUUGGGAAAAAAUCCAAAACUGGAAAUUGAUGAUGUUCUUCGGAGAAGCUACAGUGAGCUUGAAACUGUCAAGAAAAGUUUAUUUUUGGAUAUUGCUUGUUUUUAUCCAAGGCUUAUAAAAUCUCUAGCGAUUGAAUAUUUUCCUUCUAGUUACUUAGAGGAUUUAAUUAAUAAAUCUUUGCUUAGCUAUGUCUUCAGCGAAAGAGAAGGUUUAGAGAGGAUUGAAGUUCAUGACUUGCUAAAGGAAAUGGCUUGGGCUAUAGUUAAUGAGGAAUCAAAACUUGAAAAUCGCAGUAGAUUGAAGAAUUAUGAUGAUAUUUACAAGUUAUUGGCAGUCGGAGAUGUCAAAACAUCAAGAAUAUUCAACUAUUUGAACAUUAUGAAACCGAAAGAGAAGCAUGGGAGUUCCUUUGAGUGA